AUGAAGGUGCGCGAAGUACCAGAGGACCGAUUAGCAGAGGAAGAGGAGAAACGUUUAGCUAAUGCAACACCUGAAGAAAAGUUAGCUGAAAAACUGCGCUGCAAACUGGCGCAAUACAAAGAGUCGCCACAUUUCCCAGUUCGUUUAAGAUUUAGUGUGUACCAUAUGUGUGAGUUGAUAUUGAUGGCUAUCAGAAAUACUUUACCGACUAUGCAGAAGACUUCAUGUAAAUACUGUUGAGAUGCGCAUACCAUAUUGCAUAAAGAAAUGUUUGCUUAAUGU